GCACCUAUUAUCUUCGUCCAGGUGGGGAGAUCAUACAUACCCAUCCCUUGGCUAUAUACGCCAUUCAGCAUGAGGAAUGCACCAAUCCACCACUGAGGGAAGAAACCUCAGGUUCCUGGGAACACAUGGUCUGGCUUGGAUCUGGAGGAGUGCUCAUUCUUCCCAACAUUCCCAGAAGGACAACAACACCCGGCUUGUAUUUGUUUGUUUGCCGCAGAGGAAGCAGCAUGCCGGCGCCAGGAUGAUGCCACCAUCAUAAAAGGUGCAAUAGGGUCCGCAAACCUGGGAGCUUCUUUUUCGAAGUAGGUCGAAUCGAUCGUACGGUAAUAGUCGACAACCAGUUUUAUUUUUUAAUUCAUUCCUUAAUCUUUUUGCUACGCCCCUCCCUCCAACGGCCUCGGCCCCAAGUCACUCUUUCAACUUUCGGUUGUAUUGUAUUUUGUUUCUUAUACCUUGACGUGAAACCUCCAUCUUAUAAUUAACACCAACAGCAAUAAACAUGAAGGGACUCCAGGCUGGAAUCCCACUUGCGGCGCUGGCUGCUGUCGCCCGCGCUACCUCGGUCAUUGGGGGCUCGCAGGGCGAGGACCGCGGCAGUGACGCCGCGCUGCCGGUCGACAACAAGUUCCGGAGCGAGGUGAACGACUACCACUCGGACGACCACUCGUUCGACCUUGAUGCGAAGAAGACCAUCAUCGAGCCAGGCCAUGGCCGUCGCCCUCACCACCAUAAGGCCAGAGAGGAAGUGAUCCAAUCGAACGACGGAGUUUCCGAGGGAUCCACUUAUGUCAAGCCGCAAGUCCACGCGGAGUCGAACAACGAGAACUCGUACUAUGAAGAUGAUCACUGCGUGGAGCUGGAGAAGGAUGUCGUCGAGGUAGUGCCGCCUCACGGUCGUCCCAAGCACCACCAUGCUCGCGGUCAGCACGAGGACGUCGACGUCAUUGGAGGAGCCGGCGGUGUUGACACGGGUAAUUCGUUUGCUUUGCCCAUCACCAGCAAAUUCUCGUCCACGGUCAAUGAUGCCUAUGUGGAUGACCACUCGCGUGAUAUUGAUGUCGAUACGACCAUCGUGAAACCCAAAUCGCAUCCCCCUAACCACUUCAAGGCUCGCGGAGAGCACGAACAUGUCGAUCUCAUAGGAGGCGCUGAGGGGAUUGACACCGGCAACAGCUUCGAUAUGCCGAUCACGAGCACGUUCUCGUCCGUUGUGAAUGACGCGUAUAUUGAUGAUCACUCCCGUGAUAUUGACAGAGACACCACCAUCGUGAACCCCAAGCACCACGGGCCUGCUCACUUCAAGGCACGCGGUUAUCUUGACGAUGUCGAUCUUAUCGGUGGGCCCGAGGGAGUUGAUGUCGGCAACACGUUUGAUUUGCCUAUCACCAGCAAAUUCUCUUCCACUGUGAACGAUGCCUACGUUGAUGAUCACUCGCGCGAUAUUGAUGUGGAUAAGACUAUCGUUAAGCCUCACCACCACAAGGCCCGUGAAGGCCACGAGCACGUGGAUGUGAUUGGUGGUCCUGGUGGGGUUGAUACUGGCAACACAUUUGACCUCCCGAUUACAAGCAAGUUCUCGUCCGAAGUCAACGACUACUACCAAGAUGAUCACUCCCGCGAUAUUGAUGUGGAUAAGACUGUUGUUAAGCCUCACCACUACAAGGCCCAGCCUAAGCAUGACACCCCUGUCCCGGCCCCGGAGCCGCAGCAUGAGGAGCCCAAGCCGGAGGAACCCAAGGCAGAGCCCCAUGUGGACGAAACUCCUAAGCAGUCCGAGCCCACGUCAUCUUCGUCGUGCGCACCCACUGUUCAGGAGAUCGUUCGCACGCUGACACACACUUUGCCCGACGAGCCCACAGUUGUCCCUAAGGUUGACGCUGUGGCCACUGAAGCUCCUGCACCUACUCAGUCCGCACCGGGCCCAAGUGAGCCUACCAAGCCUACGGCGCAGUCUAACCCCACUCAAGAGGUCGCAUCCCCAACCAGCCCCUUUAGUCCCAACCUUGAUGAAGCUCAUCACGUUCCUGGCUCUGAGCCAUCCGCCACCGACGUCGUGCAGAGUGCGAUGACGACUGCCGCCCCUGCCCCCACGGAGCCGGUUGUCAUGGACAAGGUCGCGUCCAGCAUCACGAUUCAGCAAGAUUCGACUUUCCACGUGAUUCCCGUGUACGUGCCAGUGUCGUCUGCCACCACUCCCUCGUCGCACGCUGUUCCGACGGCGGUUACGAGCGUUGCUGGCCCCCACUCGACGGGCGUCGACGCCUACCAACCCACUCUCCGCUACAACCUACCCCCGGCUGCGCCGUCUGCCUCAUCAAGCGGCCUUCUGUUCACCGGGGCUGGAGCACCUCAGGCCGCACCUUACGCUGGCGUCUUUUCGGUCUUGUCUGGUCUUGUGGCUCUCCUGGCUUUGAUCCUGUAG